GAUUACACUUGCGCCUGGAUAUCACCCAGCCAUAGCCUAUAUAUAUUCAUAAAUAUAUACAUAUAUAUCUGAGGGACGGUGAGUAGGCUACUUCGAAAGAGAGGUCGCAGUAGCCAGCGAAACCGCUGGGGCGCCGUGUUAAGGAUUCCCUGCAGUUAAAUCAAUCGCUUCAUUUCCAUAUUCCUUAUAUCCCCUCCCUGUUGUGCUGUAGAGUGCUAAUAUAACGCGUCGCUUGCUCAACAGAAGCUCUGGGGAAAAUUUUUGUAAUAUUUUAAAUGCACCGCUCCCCAGUUCGGGCGGUGCGUCUGAUGCGGCUGCAGACGCGGAAAACAAGUGCAAGACGUCAAUGAUCUCUCCCGUCGAAGAAGAGUGCUGUUUUUUCCAACUCGUAUAUACCCAUAGCCAGAACGCGUAUUUAACGUGUGGAGGACCGUCGUUCCUAUUGCUCGCUGGAUUUGUCCUUUUUCUCCUUGUAACUCACGACUAGACCAAUGGGUUCUUAAUCCUCGUUUUUAAAUAAUUUUCUGCUGUCGACAAAGACAACUGGAUAUCGGUACAUAUCCACAAAUAUAAUGUAGAAUUAAACGCGCUACCGUAGUUGCCAUUAUUACCAUCACUCUCAUUUUUGUGGCAUUCUAACCAAAAUGCCGGCUGGAAUGAAGCCUCUGGAAAAGUUUCUGAAGAAACAGACCACUGCCCUCAGUCGGGCUGGGGGUUUCGGGGAAAAAGCAACUGGCACGGGGGCUUCAAGGCGACGAGCCAGCCUCUCAAGAGUCGUGCCGUUCUUUCGCGAGACUUCGCCGGAGAGCGGCCCCGCGCGCGAGGUCUUCAGCCCCGACACGGAGGAGCCGCCGUGCUGGCCGCCCGCCGCCGCCGACAUCAGGAGUCCGUCUUUGUCGAGCGAUGAACAGAGCUCGGAAGCAAGUCUGGAGACGACCUGGACUCCGUUGCCCCCAGACACGCCUGAAAACAUUGCACUGGCAGUGCUUGACAGCGUAGCGGGCAAACGACAUAUAAACUGCACAGAAACGCUCCUGGAUGACUUCAUGUUGACACACCCCAUCUUCAUGGCCCCUGACAGGUUCCAGCAGGUCCUCCUCCAGCAAUUUGGGGGGGAGGGGAAGCAGGGGGGGGGCUGGCAGGGCUGGGACGGGGGCGAGAGGAAGCAGGCGGUGCUGAGCAUGGCCUUUCGUUACCUGGACACCUACAGAGAGCUUCUGCUGGAGGAGGGAGAAAGAGCCAGCAACUUCCCCAAGGAGCUGUACCUGUGCGCGGCGGGAGAGCUGAGUCAGCACCCCGAGCUGGUGGAGGAGGUCCUGAAGCUGCAGCGCUGGACAGAGAUUCUGCAGAGCUCAACGGAGGAGGACAAGGACGCCAAGCGGAAGCAGGUGCGCCCGCUGUUCCGCCACUUCCGCCGCAUCGACGCCUGCCUGCAGCCACGCGAGGCCUUCCGCGGCUCUGACGAGAUCUUCUGCAGGGUGUACACCCCGGACCACUCCUAUGUGACCAUCCGCAGCCGGCUGUCGUGCCGUGUGGGCGAGAUCCUGGCGCAGGUUCGAGAGAAACUGCAGUACAGCGAGGAGCAGCCCCGCCCCCCCGGGAACCUGCUGCUGGUGGCCGUUACGUCUGCAGGAGAAAAGGCUGUAUUCCGCCCCAGCGAUGAGGCUGUCUUCACCACCCUGGGGGUGAACACCCACCUGUUCGCUUGCGAGCCGGCGGAACUGGAGACCCUGUUGCCCUUGCCUGAGGAAAUCCACUGGUCUCCCGGCGACAGCAAGCUUCACGACAUGAGCGCGGAGGAGGUGGCCAAUCAGCUGGUGACGUUCGACUGGGAGCUCUUCAGCUGUGUCCACGAGCUGGAGUUUGUGUGCUACGUGUUCCAUGGCGAACAGGCUCGCUGGCGCCCCCUCAACCUGGAGCUGGUACUGCAGCGCUGCAGUGAGGUGCAGCACUGGGUCGCCACGGAGAUCCUGCAGUGCCAGUCCCUGCCCAAGAGGGUGCAGCUGCUGCGGAAGUUCAUCAAGAUCGCCGCAUUGUGUAAGCAGCAGCAGGACCUGCUGUCCUUCCUGGCGGUGGUGCUUGGUCUGGACAACCCGGCGGUCAGCCGGCUCCGACUCACUUGGGAGGGUUUGCCUGGGAGGUUUAAAAAGCAGUUUCAGCAGUUUGAGAGCAUUGCGGAUCCCUCCAGGAACCACAAGGCCUACAGGGACCUGGUGGGCAGCCUGAGGCCCCCUCUGAUCCCCUUCACCCCCCUGCUGCUGAAAGAUCUGACCUUCCUCCAUGAAAGCUGUAAGACGUUCCACGGGGAGAUGGUGAAUUUUGAGAAGAUGCACAAAGUGGCGGAGAUGGUGAGGAGCAUCCGGAGGUGCCGGAGCGCUCAGUUCGCCCUGGAUAUGGAGCCGUCCCCCUCGCACCUCCAGACACGGGCCUAUGUGCGGCAGCUGCAGGUCAUCGACAAUCAGAACCUGCUCUUCAACAUGUCCUGCAAGCUGGAGCCCAAAGACGUGUGAGAGUGAGCCUCAAAAACCUACUCUCCCCCCCCCCCGCCCGCAACACCCUCAACACCCCGUAACCCGCGCGCUAUCACAGACACUAUCUGAAACCCCCUGCUGCCCACUGACCACUAACUCUGCCCCUCCCCAGGCCUGGAGGCUUCUGAACUGCCACCCCUCACAGUGGUAGAUCGUACAGGAGUGUGUGAGCCAGUUAACUGUAAUUGUUUUCUUCGUGGUUGUAUGUGAAUGAGGUGCAGAGAGCCUACCUGCUAUAACCCCCACCAGCUCGAUUCCUCUUCCCGUCAGCAUUCGCCCCUCCCAGGCUCAUGACGGGGCUACGCCCAACGUUGUUGCACUGCCACCACCGAAACAAACUGAAGCCAGCUCGACUCGACCAGGCUGACCAUGACCGCUUUUUUGUACAGAUGUACAGAAACCACUUUCUCUGUGAGCUUGUGUACACUUUCUGCCUCUGGGGGCAGCGCUGCUUCAGAUGAGACAAUCUACCCCCCUCCCCCCCAGGCCCCGCUUCCUGUCCCCUUCUACCCCUCGCCCCCCGCCCCCCCGCACCCCAGCACUCCCACACCCUACUCAGGCACUCACCACGGACAGCUACGCAGCAGCCAUGAAAGAGUGCCCUUGGAAACGGACAUCACCUACUUGAGUGUGACGUGCACUUAAUUCUUCCUGGGUCAGGACCCCACGGAGGGCUGCCCCGCGUUGCCUGUAUAAUAUUUGUGUACAUAUCUGUAAAUAGUAAAAUAGAAAGGUCCUAUUUUAAGUAUGAGAUGAAAGAUGGUCAUACGUGGCCGAAGAGGCUUCAUCCUUUGUUUUGUAAAUUUGGUAACGGCGGUUUAACGGUCCUGUGGAGCUGUACAGCGUGUUUCUUUCGCUUCGGGAAAGUCCCGCUGCUGUAUUUUUUUGUAAAGAAGUCAGUGUUUACAGUGCGCUCUGUGGAAACUCGGAUAAAAGCCAGCCUGAGGAUGGACGCCGAUGCAGCUUGUUCUGUGUGGUAAAAUCCUUCUGAUCCCACCCUCUGACACUACGCCCUAAAUAAAGCUUCUGAUCAGC